UGGCUAAAACCUCGCGUGUUACGUAUAAACGCGUUAGAUUGCGAACGUCAGAGGCAACAGAAACGUAAACAGCAUUUGCAUUUUUCCAAACACAUUUUCUCUUUCCAGUUGUCGCAGGUAGAACGCGUAAAUAUCGAUACUAAAACAUGAAUCCCGGACGAUUGGGAUUAGCGCCGCUCUUGCAAGAGAAUCCUUUGUGGAUUUCGUGGCACGACUCGAACUGGAUACCGGUGCUCAAUCCGGGCAAUGUGAUGGACUACUUUUCGGAAAAAUCCAACCCAUUCUACGACCGAACAUGCAACAACGAAAUCGUCCGAAUGCAGCGGCAAAGCCUGGAGCUUCUAAACAACAUGACUGGCGUAGAAUACAUUCCCCUCCACGUUCAAGACCCCAUACUGUACGUGAUCCGCAAACAGCACCGACAUUCGCCGACAGAGGCUACCCCGAUGGCUGACUACUACAUCAUUGCUGGUACGGUGUAUCAGGCGCCCGAUUUGGCCAGCGUUUUCAACUCGCGAAUAUUGUCCACCGUGCAUCACUUGCAGACGGCAUUCGAUGAGGCCAGCUCAUACUCCCGGUACCACCCGAGCAAAGGAUAUUCGUGGGAUUUUUCUUCCAACAAAGCCAUUGCCGAAAAGACCAAAACUCAAACCAAGAAGGAAGCACCGGUGAAAGAGGAGCCGAGCUCAAUUUUCCAACGUCAGCGGGUGGAUAUGUUGCUGGGCGAUUUGCUCAGAAAGUUCCCGCUACCCUUGCCCCAGAUGACAAACAAUCCUACCGGCGGUAACCCGUCCGAUGCAGGCAAUGCGUCUAAUAACCAUGGUGGUGCUGCAGGGGACAGCGAUCACGUUGGUUCUGAUGCUAUUUUGAUCAAACAAGAGCCAACCGAGGCAGGCGUUGGACGGGGCGGUAAUAAUGAUGUUCCACCGGAAAAGAAAAUGAAACUGUAAUUCUACUUAUAAUUAAAUGUGUAAGAUGGCCCUUCUCGGACCUUGCGUGUAUUUUGUAAUAAAGAGUUCUGCGAAACGAAUC